AAAUAAUCAUAAUUGCCUAUAAGUAUCACCGCACGUCUUUUGUUGUCUUUUCAAAACAUUCCCAGGUAUAACAACAGGUAGCUGAAUUGAAUCGUUGAUGUAGGUAGCGAAAGUUUUUUUUUUUUGAAUUGACAAGCAUCAGCGUUGAAAUCUUAGCGAACAACUUUCUACUUAAUCCAAUUUGUCACCGAAGCAGCGGACUCGCCAUUUCGAGUUGUGAGAAACGUUCCAGAGAACUUGUUAUGAGUAGUAUCGGUUGAUAACAUAUAUUUACACUUCUUUCAGAGAAGUGCAAACGGUGCAAAUUAGAUAAUUUCGAUCAACAUAGUAUUAUUUCGCGCGACAAAAAGGAGUAAAAACUGAGAAGAGAUAUAAAACUGCCGUGAUAAAAGGAUGUCCAACACUGUGAAUUUUAACAGGUACGGCGAUCAGCCAGGGGACUUAUAUGACGCACAGACUGAUUCCUGUCAGACCCCAGAGUCACAGUUCCCGGUGCUGUCCUCCUUGAAGCCCUACUACUGUCAGGAUUACCUGUCUCAGGACCCCGGCCAGGAUGUUCAGAACCCCCUUACUCAGUACAGCCAUCACUCCCUGGACACACACAGCCAGGACAAACAUUUCGACGAGCCAGACUCCAUCAACCCGGUCUCCUCCUCGGAGUACACCCCUCCCCGGGACAGUCACGGAGCCAGCUAUGCUUGUCUGCAACCCAUGGGGACUCAAAGCCGCAUCGGCGAACUAUCGUACUCGCUACCAUACAGUCAAAAUAAUAGCUACGGAUUUGAAAUGGACCAGAUGCACUACUAUAGCAAUGUAUCGUACCCCCAGUCCGCUCAACAUCAGCCCGUCUCAUCCCCCGUUCACCUACCACCCCCAAACACCGAACCCGCCCUGGCACCGAUACAGUCCUCGGCGCCCGCUGUCCCCUCCGGAUCGUUUAGCCCUUGCAUAUAUUUAUGCAACAGGGAUUUGUGGAUCAAGUUCCAUCAGCACACCACUGAAAUGAUAAUCACCAAACAAGGAAGGAGAAUGUUUCCAACACUACAGUUCAGUCUAAACGGCCUGGAUCCCCAUAAGCAAUACAACGUAUUUGUGGACAUGAUUCUGGCGGACCCCCACCACUGGAAGUUCCAAAACGGCAAAUGGGUGCCAUGCGGACAGGCAGAACAGCUCUCUCAAAACGGCCGUGUCUAUCUCCACCCGGACUCCCCUAGUUCCGGUGCCCACUGGAUGAAGCAGGAUAUAGUGUUUGGGAAGCUGAAACUGACCAACAAUCGAGCUCUGGACCAGGGCCAAGUCAGCCAGAUUGUUUUGAACUCAAUGCAUAAAUACCAACCACGAAUCCAUGUUAUUGAAGUCGGCUCACAUGGCCCAAAUGAACAGAAAAGUCUCCAGACGCAUGCGUUUCCGGAAACACAGUUUAUUGCCGUGACUGCAUACCAAAACACAGACAUAACGCAACUUAAGAUAGACCAUAAUCCUUUUGCCAAGGGUUUUCGUGACAACUACGACGGACGGCACAUCGACAACGUCAGCCAAUCCCGACCCAAUUAUAUGACUUAUUCACAACCCGGGAUAUAUCCGGCCGCUGUCGCCUACACAGGGACGACUUCUGCUGCACGGGCAGUCACAUAUCCUCCUCAAAUUUCAACACAAUACCAACCAAACUCUAUCCAAGAAAACGUCCUUCCCAGCAUCCACGACGUUUCCGGUAUGGGUGAGAUUAAGCAGAUAGACGAAAGUUGUUAUUCGAACAGUUAUAACUUUGGCGCUCAUAUGAUGAUGUCAGAAGCAAUUAAUGUGCAACCGGAACAAGUCAAACCUGUCAUCAAAAAAGAAAUUGGAGGCUCGCCAUGUGAUCAAGCAGCGUCGGUGGCGUCCGAAAAUGAUUUGAAAAGAGCGCUGGAACAGGUGUUUGAAUAUUCACAGGACGCUGAUAAUGACAGUGAGCAACCGAAAAAGAGGUCGAGACUAGUGUACGAAAGCAAAUCGUCAUCGCCCGAAUCCAACAAAUUAUCAGGCGAGGAAAGAGCAGAAAAAGAAAGUGAACAAAAUUGUUCAGGAAUAAGCGAGGAAUACUCACACGAAGACAUUUAUCUAAGUAAUAACAAAGAACAAAUUUUAGAUCAUUCAGUUUUUCAAGGAAAUUUCCAAGGACAGCAAACAUCUGUGUAUUAAUGGUUUACAUUGUCUGUGUAAUGGUGGCUGCCAAUGUCUGUGGUUUCAAAGCGUCAUCGGCGUGCGUAGUUUACAAGGCACGUGAGACAAUUUAUUUCAAGAGGCGCCAUAGACAGUUUUAUUCGUUAUAAACCUGUAAGACAGUUGGCACAGGCGCGAUGGUCCGUGGAGCUAUUUUCAGUGGAUUGAGAGAACGAAUAGAUUGUGAUGAUAGAGGUACACUGGAAUAUCGUUACUACGUUGUGUUCCGUUUCUUGAUGUUGUCUGACGUCUUUCUGUGACGUCAGCGUGCUUUAGAUGUAUAUUGUUUUGUAUAGAAUUGAUGAAGUGCUCGGGAAACACACUGACAUAUAAAUAUAUGUGUUUAUAUGGCUUUAUGAAUCAACUAUUUUUGACAUUUGAAAAGAAACGAUGAUUUUAUAUUUUAUUGAUAUUUGACGCUGUUGUAAAUGGUUGUAAGCGGUCUCAUUAGCUAGAAUUGAUAUUUGUGGAUAUGUGUUAAUAUUAUGUGUAAAUAAAAUAUUCAAAA